AUGGUAAAUGCUCAAUUUAAUGUUAAAUUAGUGAAAUUGGAAGAAGAUUUGAUUCAAAUUGGACAUUAUGGAUGGUUUGAUGAGAAUGAUGAGAUACACGUCGAGAAGUUAUUGAAUCCAUUAUGCAAUGAAAGUGCUACAGAACAAGUGUUCAAUGUCCAUAAUACAAAUAAUAAUGGUUUUGAAAUUUCUGCCAAUUUGGAAAUUGAUUUGGAAAAGAGAAUUUUAUUUUCGAAAAUUCACAGUGCGGGUCAUGUGUUAGAUUUGGCAGUUGUAAAUUGUGGAUACACUUGUUGGAAAUCUGGUAAAGGAUAUCAUUUUCCUGAUUCACCUUACUGUGAAUAUCAACACUGUCAUCAAUUACCAUCUCAAAAUGACUCCAUGGUAACUAUUGUGAUGAAUCAAUUGAAUGAGGAAAUUGAAAAUAUCAUGACUCGACAAGAUUUGAGUGUGGAGAAAUCAUUCAUUCCGUAUCCUUGUGAUCAUCUUGGUCAUGAAAAUGACAAUUCAGAAUUGGCUUCUAAAUUUCCCAACAAUCAAAUCCCACCCUAUCUUCCACCUGGUCAACCUGUUCGAUUUGUUAAAUAUGGUUCUGUGGAAUGUGCUUGUUCUGGAACUCAUGUGGACAAGUUCAAAGAAAUUGGAGAAUUCAAAGUGACUCGCGUGAAGAAACAAGGUAGUCUCAUUAAAAUUUCCUAUCAAGUACUGUGA